GGAAGUGGAGGCGGAGGCGUGGUUGCCGGGGUGACGGCGGGAUGGGGAAAGAGCAGGAGCUGCUGGAGGCCGCUCGCACCGGUAACCGGGUGGCGGUAGAGAGGUUGUUAGGGGGGAAGCGGCUAAGUGGGGCCGGUCCAGGAGGAGCUACAGGGGGCGGAGCUGGAGUAUCUGGAGGAGGGUCUGCUAGUCACCCGCUAAGCAGCCUGCUCAGUAUCUGGCGUGGCCCUAAUGUGAAUUGUGUUGACAGCUCAGGAUACACCCCUUUACAUCACGCCUCUCUUAAUGGACACAAGGAGGUUGUGGAAGUCCUUUUGAGGAAUGAGGCUGUAACAAACAUUGCAGACUGUAAAGGCUGCUUCCCCUUGCAUCUAGCAGCGUGGAAGGGAGAUGCUCAGAUUGUGCGCCUUCUCAUUCACCAUGGACCUUCACAUGCAAAAGUCAAUGAACAAAAUGUCCCAGAAGUGAAAAAGUAUGGCCCUUUCCAUCCUUAUGUGAAUGCCAAGAACAAUGAUAAUGAGACGGCUCUACACUGUGCAGCCCAGUAUGGGCACACUGAAGUGGUUCGUGUUUUGUUGGAAGAGCUGACAGACCCCACAAUGCGCAACAACAAGAUGGAAACUCCGCUUGAUUUAGCAGCUUUGUAUGGACGCUUAGAAGUAGUGAAACUUCUUCUUAAUGCACAUCCUAACUUGCUGAGCUGCCACACACGCAAGCACACACCUCUCCAUCUGGCUGCUCGCAAUGGACAUCGAGCAGUUGUCCGUGUUUUGCUGGAUGCUGCUAUGGACAUCAAUUACCAGACAGAAAAAGGAAGUGCGUUACAUGAAGCUGCCUUAUUCGGAAAGACUGAUGUGGUACAGAUGCUCCUAGAUGCAGGAAUUGAUGUCAGCAUCACAGAUAACAAAGGAAUGACAUCGCUGGACAUUGUACAAGAGUUGCCUUCACAAAAGAGCCAGCACAUAGCAUCUUCUAUCCAGGGCCACAGUGCAGUCAGACAAGCUGCAAAAGAUCCAGAACCGGAACCAGCAGCCAAACCUAGUACAUCUGUUUGUAUAGAUUCACAAGCAGGUGGAAUGCAAAGAGCACUUCUGGAUUUGCGGUUAGACUUAGACAGCAUCUCACUGACUGAGUCUCCUUAUGAAGCACUCUAUAAUGCUUCCUCCUGCCACUCUUUGGAUAGCAUAUGCAGUGGACGGUCUUCUGAUAGGGACUCCCUGUGUCGUGAAAUAGCAAAAACACGAAGGAAGGAUCGACCUCCUCCACCUGCUAAGCCUCCACCAGAAGAAGAUGAAGACUUUGAGAGGAGACAAAAUGCAGGUGCUAUCCGGGAAGCUCUUGGUCAUAUGCAUGUUAGUCGGGAAGAGGAGAACCCCUAUGAGCUCCUGCUUACUGCCGAGACCAAAAAACCUGAUGAUCAAGGGUUAAUGCAUUUGGAAGGGGAUAUUGGAAACUCCCAGCCCCAGGUCAGAGCACGUCACUCUGCACUCGCACACGAUCCAUCAUAUCCCGCAAAUCGCCGUGGUUCUUCUGAUUUGUCUAGUGGUCAUUCUGAAGGGGAAUCGCAUGCAUCUGAGAGGCCAAACAGUGGGCAGCGGAGGAAUAGUUCAGGGGGUUGGAGUUUGACGUCUGCUGACAGCUCUGACUCCCAUCUGCUUCAGCACUUCUCUGGGCUCCUUCAUGGUUCUUCUCCAGUGUGUGAAGUUCGAGAUCCGCCUGUACCCUGUGAUCCUGUCAGCACGGACAGCUGUAGAAACGGUGCUGCCUCUCGCAUGGAGUUGCCACUUCGUCGUAGUCUGUCAAAGUCUGAUUCGGACCUGUUAACAUGUUCCCCCCCAGCAGUUGGUGAGGGAGAAGACUGGAACCGCAGCGAGUCUCUCACCAACUGUGCAGCUGGGGGCAGCAAGAAAAGACUAGAGAAGUCCCCUUCCUUCACUUCAGAGUGGGAUGAGCAGAGGCUCCAGUUGGCCCCAGAAUCUCCCCCCAAGCAAUACAUCGAUAAGAUAAUGAGUUCUAUUGGUCAGGGUAUAGAAUUCUCUCAGGAGCAACAGGUCAUAGCAGGAUCCCGUGUACCUGGGCAGAGUGUAGCUCAAUGGUUAGAAUCACUUGGUCUUCUGCAGUAUGAGAGCAAGUUUGUGCUAAAUGGAUUUGAUGAUGUGCGUUUCCUGACUGAUAAUAUAUUAGAGGAUCAGGACCUGAUGGAUAUUGGAAUCACUGAUGUAGAGCAUCGCCGACGACUUCUUCAGGCAGCCCACUUUUUACCAAAGCCAUUCCCGUUGUCAUGGGAUCAGUCUGUAACCUCAUGGCUGCGUGCUCUUUCCCUCCAGCAGUAUGCUUCCAGCUUUCUAAGCAGCGGCUAUACCUCUAUGGAGACACUUCGAAAUUUGUGGGAACUUGAGAUUGUCAAUGUGCUAAAAGUUAAUUUAUUGGGACAUCGAAAAAGAAUCUUAGCCUCGCUUGCAGAAAGACCAUGUGAGGAUCCUCCUCAAAAACCACCACGAUUCUCACAGCUACGGUGUCAUGAUAUCCUCCCUCGGUCUAUGCCAUCCAUUCCAGUAGGAGAGCAGGAUGCUGGGCAGGAUUCCGGAAGAAGUAGGAUAGAAGGUCAAGAAAGCAGGGAGCGCCACAAAGUACUGGCAUCUACAAAAGAGGAAGAAUCUAAGCUAACAUUAAGACCCCCAAGUUCGGCCACCUCAUAUGCACCUCUACAAAAUUGGCAGCACCAACCAGAAAAGCUAAUUUUUGAGUGCUGUGGUUAUGAAGCCAGUUAUUUAGGAUCAAUGCAGAUCAAAGAUUUAAGAGGGACAGAGUCCACCCAAGAUGCCUGUGCCAAAAUGAGGAAGUCAACGGAACAGAUGAAAAAAAUUCCAAGAAUCACUCUUUCCAUCAGCUACAAGGGAGUCAAGUUUAUUGAUGCAUCAAAUCAGAAUGUAAUAGCAGAACAUGAAAUCCGAAACAUAUCCUGUGCAGCUCAGGAUCCUGAAGACUUAUGCACCUUUGCCUAUAUCACAAAGGACCUGCAGACCAGCCACCAUUACUGUCAUGUGUUCAGCACUGCUGAUGUGAACCAGGCCUUUGAAAUAAUUCUUACGUUGGGCCAGGCUUUUGAAGUUGCUUAUCAGUUGGCCAUUCAGGCACAGAAAUCCCGUCUUCCUGAAGCUCUUGUCUCUCGACCAUCAAAACCUGUUCCCAAGCCACGUGGCAGCAUAAGGAGGCAGAAUAUUGAGCCAGUAGAAUGUGAGCAGCCUGCCUCCUCUCAUGGUAGCGCGGCAUGGACAGUGGAUCCCAAGCAGUAGACAGGAGCCUACAUCAAAGUUCCGGACAACAUAAUUGCAGUCGAUGGACCUCUGAAGUUCUUGAUUUUUCCUCUGAUAACAUCUCUGCUAAAAAAAGAAGAUCCAACCAGAGCCUGACUGCCUCAGAAAAUGGAGUAGCCCUGUACCAUUUUAAAAACGGGAAACUUGCCAGUGGCUUUUUAAAGGGAUCAUUUUCUUUCCCUUCCUCUGUUGUUUUUCCACUUUAAGGAUAUGCAGGGAAAGAGAUUGUGUAAAGUUAACUCUUCCUUUAACAAGACUCUCAAACAUUUGUUUGAAUUCCAACAGUCCCAAGACUGCUUUGUGCCCCACGCCAGUUUGUUUUUUUACACUGGGGAUAACUGCACAGCUACUCCUCAUCACAACUAAUGUAGCACUUUUGAGGGUGAUGGUAUUAGUUCAGGAGCCCAUUGAAAGCAUUGUGUGGCUUUUUUUUUUUUAACUUUUAA